AUGCUCCCGGUAUCGCCACCAAUCAUGCCUUCACGUAAAUCCAAAAACACCGCUCAGGAACGAAUUCCGUCAUCCAAAGAGGAUCACAUGCCUCCCGGUCAUUUCAACGGAGUUCUCAUCAAUCUACUGAAGGAAGAUGAUAUCAUCGCGUCUCCUCACUCCAAGUCGACGUACAAGAACAUGUAUAAGAACCAGAAAAUUCCCUUAGACGCAUCGAAGGCCGUGUCGGUCAGUGCAAUGACAGGGAAGUCCACCAGGACAACCGUAUACAUGAACGGAACAUCCGUCACGCAGAGGAUUGCGGAGGAUAUAGUAACCACUCCAGAGACACCCACGGGUAGCAGUUUGCUGGACUUCUCCAAUAACAAAACAACUUCGUCAGUCAACGAAACUUUGAGCGACGUGAUAGAGGGAUCGGCCGAAUCACUGAUUGAGGACAUCGAUGAAAGUACUGAAACGUCACUGAUGCCGUCAACUGUUGAAGCCGACACUACCCAAGAUGACAACGACGGAGAAACAACCGUGCUGCUAUCGGGAGAAGAAGACCACAUGGCAACCGAUGACAAAAGUUCAGAGGCAUUCAAGUGGUCUGAUUCGAAACCCAGUGCAAACAAGAAGGUGAAGGGAGAACAAACAGCGGAGGAAUUUGAAGCUGAAUCUUCAGAAAGCAAGGAAGAUGAGAGGGUAAGUAGAUCUUGCACGACUUAG